AACAUCCGCUACGAGCCUCUGCUGUUUUUCUGAUGGAAAAACGAAGUGGUACGAAUCAACGGUGAAUCGAGAUUAAUUUGAUGAUAUUAAAUAAUAAAUUAACAACAGCGAAUUUGAGAGAAGACUCUAAUUUCAAAGGCUAUAACUCGAUAUAUUUUUCAUCCAUGUUCGCAUAUCUAUUAUAAAUUAACGAGAUACACUGUCACGAUACAACCUGUCUGAUUCAGGUACACGAAGAUGCGACUUGGACAGAUUCUUUACCGCUACCGUUGUACGAUACCAUACAGAUAUAGAGGGAAAUAUCGCAUAGUCAAAAAGCCAAGUAUGGAACACCUGAACAGAAUGAGGGACGAUCUUGACAGAGAAGAACGGAACAUGUUACUGCUGAGGCACCCUUAUCUCACGAUCGAACAGGAGCACGGCAGCACGAAACCGUUACGAGACACAGUGGAAAUAAUAGAAAUGUUGAAGGAGAAGCAGCGGGAGAAAUUUCGCAAACAAAUUACCUUCGCUGACCGUCUGGCCCAUCUGAGAGUCACUGAAGCAUGGGACUGAAUACGUCGUCUCAACGUGUGUGCGUGUAUAUAUAUAUGUAUGUAUGAAUGUAUUUCCGUUUCAGUGAAUUAUAUUAGAGCUCCGUAAAUGGAACGAAUGUUGAUCUACAAGU